CUCUCUCUCUCUUGCUGAUACAGCGGAGGUGGAGAUUUCCAAUCCCACCCAGUCACAUUGAGAAAGGAGGAUUUGGUAAGGCUUUCCCAGGAGAAGCCACACUGAGGAAAUUCUCAGCAGCAGCCUGAACUACACUUGGAGUGGGUUUGCAGUCUCCUAUGCACGGAAAUGGGGGCAGAAGCAGCUGCAUGUUCCCUGUGUGAGAACCUAGAGGGAGCUUCAUGGUGAAGAAGUAAGAAGGAUCACACAGACACAUUGAAAGAAGUAUUUCAUUGAUUGUGCCUGCCAUUCAAGACUUUAGGAUGGAAACCUUUUGUUUAAGAGUCUCCUUGCUACUGCUUGUCACUGGAUGUGGCCUCAGCGACAGUUCUGACAGAUAUUACACCAAUCUGAGUGAUUCUGGAAACUAUUUGACCACCUACUCUGGACUAGAGCCCAGCUUACUCCUUACUACUAUCCGACCCAUGGUACCCAACAAAACAGACUAUUGCUCCCAACGGGCUAAAAUUGCUGACACUUUCAAAUACAUUAACACAGUGAUAUCUUGUAUUAUUUUCAUCAUUGGAUUGGUUGGGAAUGCAACUUUGCUGAGGAUCAUUUACCAGAACAAGUGUAUGAGGAAUGGCCCCAAUGCGCUGAUAGCUAGCCUGGCACUCGGAGAUCUUAUCUAUAUUGUCAUUGAUAUUCCCAUCAAUGUAUAUAAGCUUCAUGCUCAGCGGUGGCCAUUUGAGGAUUCUGAUUUCGGGCUGUUUCUUUGCAAAUUCCUCCCCUUUAUACAGAAGGCAUCAGUGGGCAUCACAGUCCUCAAUCUCUGUGCCCUUAGUGUGGACAGGUACAGAGCAGUUGCCUCCUGGAGUCGUGUUCAGGGAAUUGGUAUCCCCAUGAUCACUGCUAUUGAAAUUUUCUCCAUUUGGAUUCUCUCCUUUAUACUGGCUAUUCCAGAAGCAAUUGGUUUUGUCAUGAUACCUUUCAAAUACAAAGAUGAAAAUCAUACUACCUGCAUGCUCAAUGCUACAAACAAGUUUAUGAUGUUUUACAAAAACGCAAAGGAUUGGUGGCUGUUUGGAUUUUAUUUCUGUGUGCCACUAGCAUGUACUGCUGUCUUUUACACACUAAUGACUUGUGAAAUGUUAAACAGAAGGAACAACAAUUUGAGAAUUGCCCUCAGCGAACAUCUUAAGCAGCGUCGAGAAGUUGCAAAGACAGUUUUCUGUCUGGUAGUGAUUUUUGCCCUUUGCUGGUUUCCUCUCCAUUUGAGCCGAAUUUUGAAGAAAAUGGUAUACAAUGAAAGGGACCCUAACAGAUGUGAACUGCUCAAUUUCUUGUUGCCACUGGAUUACAUCAGCAUUAACCUGGCAACCAUGAACUCUUGUAUAAACCCCAUAGCUCUCUAUUUUGUGAGCAAGAAGUUUAAAAACUGUUUCCAGUCAUGUCUCUGCUGUUGCUGCUACCGAUCCAAAAGUCUAGUGACUUCAGUGCCAAUGAAUGGAACAAGCAUUCAGUGGAAAAACCAUGAACUAAAUAACCACAAUACAGAUCGAAGCAGCCAUAAGGACAGCAUAAACUGAGACUGAAGGACACUGAGACCCUUCAGAAUCCAGGAGGAAAAAAUGUCACAUGAAAGCUGUUUAAGAGGGAAUCCACUGAGUGUUCCACAAAAUAUAAUCCAUUCAGACGUUCUUUGCCCUUCUACCUAAUUUCAGAGGUGAUUUAAUGGAUUGACUAUAAAUUUAAAGAUCUGCAAAUUCGGAUUCUCUUGACAAUGUUGCUGUUUCUGAAAAUUACAUUCACCUUCUUAAUGAAAAAUGAAAGAGUCUCUCAGUACUGUGCAGGAUGUUUGCAAUCUUUGACCUAAGCAGGAAAUGUCCAGUGUGUACCUGGUACCCAGCCAUCUUUUUACUUGAUGGCCAAUUAGAAUUAGUCACCAUGGGAUUUUCAGAAGAUGUUGAAUGUGGAAGCUGUGAGGAUAUAGUUUAUCUCUGUCUUUCUGCCACUUUUUAAAGGAAACAUUUAACUGAGUGGUGAAUAUAUUCUGUAUAAAAGUCUGUUUAGCAUGAAUUUUAAAAGCUUUUAUUUGGAAAUGUGUCAGUCCACACCAGUAUUUUAUUUACUUAAUUUUGCAAAAUGAGACAAUAAAUUAGCUGGGAAGUUAGCAUUUCACAAUUCAAAGAUAGGAAUAGACCAUCUAAAAAUAGCACCAACAUUAGGCACUUACAGCACAGACUGAUACCAAAAGUAGGGUAUUAUAACGUGCUAUUUAUUCUAACUCUCUUUACAAAAAAAUAUAUAUUUUUCUAUAUCAGCAAAAGAGCAAUCAUUUUUAAAAGAAAAUAUUGAAGCACAUUUAUAAUUAGCCAGUCAUGUUUAGCUCUUAGGCCUGUUAUUCUGCAGAGACUGUAUCUGUUUUGGAUUUAAGUUGAAGUGGAGCGCAGCAAUAUCAAUGUAACACAGUAAAGUGUUACUAAAAGUGUCCAAAACUGUUCUCAGAAGAUGAUCACUGCUUACAAAUUGUGGACCUGAAGUUACAGUCCAUGUGAAGGCAAAACUCCUAUUGGAGUCCAUAGGAGUUGUGCAUGCAUAUGGUGGGGGGGGGGGGGGUGUGAAGAGAGAGAGAGAGAGAGAGAUGCUUACAAAGUUCAAACAUUUAAAAUGAGUUUGAUGUUUUUAUUGGGGUUAUUAACUAUAUAAAUGCAACUGACGAUAUAAUGUAUAGAUGCUAUUGCUCGCAUACAUGUAAAUGUGUGACAUAACUUUCUCUUUGUUAUUGUCAACUUUUUGGUUACAUGGCAUGAAAAUCAUUGUCUGGCUGUUACAUUUGCUGAUUAGGUAGCAUUUUACUAAAUAGUGGAAUGAAAUAUAGCACUAUCAUAUACAAUAUACCUGCUGCAGAAAUCUGCCAUAAGAUUUAUAGCAUCUGUUUUACCAGGUUGAAAGGUAAUAGCAACAGCUACAUAAUGUAGUUCUUAACAUCCAGUUGUGUUUCAAAUGGAAGACAUGAGCCUGCACAUUAUUUACAAAGUCAAAAUAUUAAGUGACUACAGUGACUUCCACUGCACAAUUUCUCAAAUGUUUACAUGCACAGUGUAUAUUAAAAAACUGCUCCAUAAAUUACUUUAUGUAUUUUUGUGUGCUUUUGUCUUUAUGGCAUAUAUGCAUGUAUAUAUACACACACAUAUGAAUGUGUGCUAAUAUAUUAAAAACUUAAAUAUAAUUUGACAAUGCUCUGUAAUGGUGCUCAAGAGCAUGCUAUUGAAUGAGACCUCGCUGAAUUUCUUUCAAAACAGCCUAUCACCCAAACUGUAUCAAUAAUCGGAGGGAACAAAUCAUGAUAAUUCUCUGAGAGUUUUGGCAUAGUGGAGUUUCUCUGUACUCUGACAUCACCAAUGCCACAGUGACAGAAUGCAUUAUGAUGUGACACCAUUCAACAUGAAUUGAUGUAUCUAGUAAACUCUGUUCUCUUGACCUAUACUCCCUCAUUUAGGGGUGUCUAUCCUGCAGUGAGAGAUCUGGUUGCCCCUUGUAUAGACAGAUCCAUGCUAGCUCCAAUUUAGCUAGUGUGGCCAACAAUUGCAGUGAAGUAUGGCAGAGUGGGCUCUACAAGCUUGUCCAUCUCCCACUGUUUUCAUUUUUACUGUAACUUUGUUACUGUAUUAUUUGAUUCUCAUAGCAUUGUGGGAUACAGUUUGUAUGAGGACAUGAUACAAAAUCAAACUCUAUAGAAUUAUAUACAAGCAAAGAUUUCUGCUCAAAUAUUCUGAAAUUUCCUCAAGGCACGACAAACAUUUUCAUUAGAAGACCCACUCAGGCUGCAUACUAACAUUGCCCUAAUUCCUUCAAGGGAAGCUGCCAUUCAAAACUUGGAUCAGCAAUUAUCCCUAAUUUACACUCCUCAGCCUGCCAAAGACUCAACAAGGGCAAUUAUCUUCAAAAUGUGAGUGGGUGAAGCAGCAUAAAAGGUUUAUAAAAACAGAAACCACCACAACUACCACCCCCAAAAUGUAUAGAAAAAACAUCAUGGAAUGUUUAUAAUGCUGAUAUAAAAUAAACACAGAACAGUGUGGGCAAAGGGAAAGAAAACCAGAUCUAAAAUGUAGGUUACUUGCACUUUCUCUAAAGGAAGAUGAAAUAAAAUGACCUCUGAGAGUUCAUCUACAGUCAGCAAGACUCUAUGCAGACGUGAUUGCUGCCAAAAUCAAUUGCUUCUUGAUUUACACUUCUGCAGUCUCAUAGGUUACAGUAGCUACUGUUACUCUAAGGUUGUUGUUCUGUCUAAAAAUACUGUUUCUAAAUUCCAAAUUCCUCUGGGUCUUUACAUACGUUAAACUGUAGCUCUGUAUUUUUUUCAGUUCAGUUCCAUCUUUUACGUGCAA